AGAUAGUCAGUUACCAUGGAGCAGCAUCAGAAGGUGGAGAGGUUGCGGGUGAGACUGGUGCCCGCUGCGACGGCGGAGGAACGGUCCAGAAAUAUCAUAGCCAAUGUGGUGCUGGAGGAUGGUAUGGUGCCGUUCAUAGAUGACCAUGCCGCAGAGAAGGUAACCCUGAUCGCCCAGGAGUCAGCUGCUCCAGUUUCCGCCUCCAGUCAGCAGCCACGUCUCCGGUACUAUGCUGUAGGACCUUUAACCUACAAGUUACUGUGCCCACUCUGUCGGGAGAGAAGCGAAGCGGCUGUGAUGAGGGCAGCUAGUUGCAAGGACGCCAGCUUCUGUCUCAGUCUGCUUUCCUGCAUUUUUCCACUCUUCUGGAUCUGCUGCGUGUGCACCUGGUGCGGAUGCAACCGGGAAUGGACCACCAAGGGCGUUUAUUGCAGCUCGUGUGGCGGCAAAGUGGGAAUCCAGCGCAAGGCCAAAUAGGCUACUCAAUGGACCAAUUAAAAUGAAAUUAAUGCCAAAUAUUUAUACGUUUUGUAAUUCUAUUACGCAUCUAACUCAAUUAAAGACGCACCGUAAAUCAA